AUGGGAAUUCAAAUGGAUGAUAAAUGGGAAAGGAAACUUCCCUUUGGAUUUGAUCGGGAGAAUUUGAGGCACGUACAACUGGAGCAAUGUAUACAAGGGGAGAAUUAUACCGUUGUGAUUGAAGAGGAUUGGCUUUAUUCGAGCAAAUGGUUGAUCUCCGUUGGCCACGACGACAAGAUAAUUCGAGACAUGGCCAUAAGCUUCAUCAUGGCAGGUCGAGACAUGACAUUGGCUGCCAUGACAGGGCUCUUUUGGCUACUCACCCACCACUCCAAUGUUGAGAAACCAUUAGUAGAAGAGAUAGACCUUGAAUCAACUUUGAUACUCGAAAAGAAAUUUGAUUAUAAAUCUCUCGAGGAGCUCAAAUUUCUCAAGGCAUGCCUUUGCGAAACCAUGAGACUCUAUCCGCCAGUCCCAGUCCCAUGGGAUUCCAAGCAUGCCAUUGUCAAUGACUGGUUGCCCGACGGGACUCCAGUUCAGGCUGGAGACAAAAGUGACAUAUUUCCCAUAUGGGAUGGGUAGGAUGGAGGCAGUAUGGGGA